AUGAAGAGGUUACUUCGCAUUCAUAGUUUACAAACUCAUAUCUUUGUGUUAAUCGCUUUGUGUCUCUUCACCUAUUCAUCCAGCUCCAAGAUCGGAGAAACUUGUGGUACAUGUGAUGUUGGUCUUACAUGUCAAACAUGUCCUGCCAAUGGAAAUACAAGACCAAGAUGUAGCAGAAUACAAACUUUAAACCCAAUUACCAAAGUUAAAGGCUUACCGUUUAAUCGGUAUUCAUGGUUAACGUCGCAUAAUUCGUUUGCUUUAGCGGGGGCAAGGUCAGCCACAGGGUCCAUUAUCAUUGCUCCUAUGAACCAGGAUGACACCAUUGCUGAUCAACUUAAAAACGGUGUUCGAGGAUUUAUGUUAGAUAUGUAUGAUUUUCAAAAUGCCAUAUGGUUGUGUCAUUCUACUCAAAACCAAUGUUUCAACUUCACUUCCUUUCAACCGGCAAUAAAUGCGCUUAAAGACAUGCGUUCGUUUCUGGACACAAAUCCAUCUGAAAUAAUCACCAUCUUUAUCGAGGAUUAUGUCAAAUCUCCUUCAGGCCUAACUAAGCUCUUCCAAGCUUCAGGAAUUAAUAAGUACAUGUUUCCUCUUGCUCGGAUGCCCACGAAGGGUGAAGAUUGGCCUACCGUUGAUGACAUGAUCCAGAAGAAUCAACGCUUCAUUGCAUUCACCUCGAAAGCUUCCAAGGAAAAAUCUGAAGGCAUUGCUUUCCAGUGGAAAUAUGUAGUAGAAAACCAUUAUGGAGAUGAAGGCAUGCAUGAGGGUUCUUGUUCGAACCGUGGUGAAUCGCCACCAAUUGACUUAAAAUCUAGGUCACUGGUUCUUGUUAACUUUUUUCGUUCUACUCCGAAUCGUUCUCAAUCCUGUGCCGAUAAUUCAGCUCCAUUACUUAACAUGAUAAAGACUUGCCAAAAAGCAGCCGGCAACCGAUGGCCAAAUUUCAUCGCUGUUGAUUACUAUCAGAGGAAUGAUGGAGGAGGAGCAGCAGAAGCUGUUGAUGAAGCAAAUGGCCAUCUCACUUGUGGAUGUGACAACAUUAACUAUUGCAAGGUUCUGGCAAAUGGUACGUUUGGUGCAUGUGAUGUUCCUAAAAUUUCUCCGCCGCCACCUGCUGCAGAAGCUGCACCAGAUGGAAACCAGCAAUCCCCUAAUAAUCAGUCAAGCAGAGCAUAUAUUAGUAGAACAGCAACGAUGAUGCAACGAGCUGUGUUAAUUUUGGUAGCCACGACUUUGUUGGCAUUUUUAUAA